GGUUUUCUUCUCAUCGUCGCCGGCGACGUCUGUGUUUGGUCUGUUGUUGGUUCCAUGGAUCGCUUACUUUGUCUUCUUUCCUUCCUACUGCUUGCUACAGUUAGCCAUGCAGCUUUAUCCCCUCAGCUGGUUUACUGGCACUCUGUCCUCCCCAACACUCCCAUGCCAAGUGCCAUCAGUGAUUUUAUAGACCCUGAUGUGCUUGCUGAGGACAAGUCCGGUGUGAACGUGUACGUCAAGGGGAAGAGCGGUGGCACCACCGUCAACGUCGGCCAUGGCGGUGUUCAUGUGGGCACCGGGAAGCCCGGCGGGGGCGGCACCAACGUGAACGUCGGGCAUGGCGGCGUCCACGUGAACACUGGCCACAAGGGAAAGCCGCGGGUGGCCGUCACUGUGCCCUCCAGUAAAGAUUUUAUUUACAAUUAUGCUGCCACCGAGACCCAAAUCCAUGACGACCCCAACGUCGCACUCUUCUUCCUGGAGGAGGAGCUUCGGUCAGGCGCCAAAAUGAAUCUACACUUCACGAAGACCACCUCGGGCGGCGCUUCUUUCCUCACUCAGAAAGAAGCAGACGCCAUCCCCUUCUCAUCAGCCAAGCUACCGGAGAUUCUUGACCACUUCUCCGUCAAACCCGGUUCGGCGGAAGCCGAGGCGCUGAAGACGACGCUUCAGGAGUGCGAGGAACCGGCGGUGAAGGGAGAGAGGAAGUACUGCGCCACCUCGCUGGAGUCCAUGGUGGAGUUCAGCAUGUCGAGCCUGGGGACACGCGACGUCACGGCUGUGUCGACCACCGUCGCCAAAGCGGUGACGCCGCGGCAGCAGUACACGGUCACGGGGGUGAAGGCGCUGGUCGGGGACAGGCUGGUGGCUUGCCACCCGGAGGCGUACGCGUACGCGGUGUUCUACUGCCACGCCACGGCGACGAGCAAGGCGUACACGGUAGGGCUGCUGGGGGUAGACGGCGUGGGGGCGGAGGCGGUGGCAGUGUGCCACACCGACACCAGGGCGUGGAACCCCAACCACGUGGCCUUCAAGGUGCUCAAGGUGAAGCCGGGAUCGGUGCCGGUGUGCCACUUCCUGCCGGAGGACCACGUCGUGUGGAGCCGCAGCGGCUGAAGCAUUGCAGUGCGUGCACGUGACCAUUAAUGGAGCUUAUACAUAGCCUCUGUAGCCUCUGUACUACGUAGUGGAUUCACGUAUCGAGUUGCUUGUGUAUUUGGCUGCUAUUACUUUAUGAUGUUGCAUACGUACCCUGUAAUCCUCGAUAUAUAAUAAUAAUAGCAGUGUUUGGAGCUCCA